AUGAUCGCUCAAACCCUCGCCAUCUCCGCCGUCAUCGCAUCUGCCCUCGCCAGACCAUCAGGCGGCUCAUCAGUCGGCUCAUGUAAUACCGGACUUACUUCAUGUUGUGAUACUACAAAAGACAAGCAAUCAAGCACUGGUGAAGAAGACGGUCUUCUCCACACAGGCGAUAUUCUCGACCAAGUUGCUAUCCAAUGUACUCAAAUACCUCUUCUCAUCGGAGUAGCAUUACAAGACGUAUGCAAGAACACCCCAGUCUGCUGCGAGAAGGCAUCUUCAGAUGGUCUCCUCGGUAUCAACUGUACUCCAAUCCCACUCAUCUAA